UAUCCAUUUUGAGAAUAAUAUUUAGUAAAUCACUUCAAAUUUAAAAGAUCACAUAUAAUGGAGCCUAUAGGAGCUUUUUUUGAUGAAGAAUGUGAUCAAUCUUUGAGCAGAAUUUUCUUUACUGAAAAUUCAGAUUUCAUGUUUCAAUUGCAUGGUGAUCAUCAAACAGACAAUAUUACUGAAGGGAGUUUUUUAUCUUCUCCUAAUUCUCAUAUCCUUAAUUGCAACAUAGAGUAUUUUUCUCAAGAAAAUAGCAAUGACAGCAGAGGAAGUGAUGGUAUGUUUUUUCUCGACAACAAUACAAGUCAUGAAUAUCUGCAACAUAAUAAUGAGUCCACUGAUUUUUACAUGAUGGGCCAAAAGAAUCUUGAAAAUUCAUCCCUUAAUCAAGUGUUGGCUGCUGAUGAUGAUUAUAUCAUGAAAGAGAUGGUCUGCUUGAAAGAAGACAAAGGCAAUAAUAGCCAUUUGGACAAUGAAAUGCUGCUAAAGAGGAAGUUUGAUCAAGUAGCAGAGGAUCAGAAAUUUAAGAAUUCUGAAAAUCCCAAGAAGAAAUCACGGGUGUUAAGAGAUGGACCAAAAAGUAAGAAGAGUAACCAGCCAAAAGGCAAAAAGAACCAGAAAAACAUCCAAAUUAACAAUGAAGAAGCAGGAGAGAAAGAGAAUAAUAAAAAUGCAGCAAAUUGUCAGAGUGGACAGAGCACAAGUAGCUGCAGCUCUGAAGAUGAUACCAAUGGAGGCACAGAUUUAAAAACCAAAGCAAGGGCCAGCAGAGGGGCUGCAACUGAUCCCCAGAGCCUUUAUGCAAGGAAAAGAAGAGAAAGAAUCAAUGAAAGAUUGAAAAUCUUGCAGAGUCUUGUCCCUAAUGGCACAAAGGUUGACAUAAGCACAAUGCUUGAAGAAGCAGUUCAUUAUGUGAAGUUUUUGCAGAUACAAAUUAAGUUACUGAGCUCAGAUGAUAUGUGGAUGUAUGCUCCAAUUGCUUACAAUGGAAUGGGGAUUGACCUCUUUCAUACAUAGUUUAUGAAUUUGGAAGCAAUAACAGAUGCCAUUUUGCUUCUAAUUAUUGCCCUAAGUAUAAGAAAUUAAGAUAUGCUGACUAUGUAAAAACACAAAGUUCCAUCUUGAUCAUGAGAUAUUCUCAUGUUUCAUAUAUUAGACAUAUAUAAUAGCCUAUCAUUACCAGCCAUUUGAGAUUAUUCAGAGA